UCACGUUGUUAUAUAUACGAGGAACGAGGGCCAUGUAUUUCAUCGCAUGACUAACGGGAAAUGGUCCAAGGAUGGGUCUUCAGUUCAGAAGAGAUAUAACAUUAACAGAGAUGCUGCUGCUGGUACUGUUGCUGGCCUGCUGUCAUCUCACGCAGGCACAGUUCCAGAACAAGGCCUAUUUUAACUCAUCCGCAUAUGUGGAAUCAACAAACACAUUUGACGUGCACAAAAGGACUACUUUUCAAUUUCGGACUUGUUCCGAAGGGCAACUUUUAUCCGACCACGGAGCAAACGGGGACUCCAUAGAAUUUUAUGUAAACACAAAUGGAUCUUUACUUUUAAAAUGGAAUGCUUCCCAAGAUUCUGUGUCAAAUAUUUUAACAAUCGGUCAAGAUCUGAAUAAUAACAAUUGGUAUAAGCUCAGCCUAAAAUACCAGGUGGGCAACGUCACAUUAACAAUCGAGCAGGGCUCGAAUAAAAGAUACGAACGCCUUAUAGCCAAUAGUACAUAUAACAGUGAUUUUAAAAAUUUGAAUUUUACUGGAGGAAGUCCACUGACGAUAGGAAGAGGCUAUCUGGGCUGUAUUGAAGGUGCUCUCACGGUGGAAUUGGACAAGAAUAUAGCAGGACACGCCAAUGUGGACUGGGGAAACUGUCCCCUGGAGUCACAGCCUUGUAGUGACUUUGACAUCAACGACUGCUGGAGUCAGCCGUGCCAAAAUGCAGGAGUCUGUCAGGACGGAUUCAAGAACUACACCUGUGUCUGCCCCCCUCCGUACAGUGGGAGAAACUGUGAGACAGACCUAGGUGCCAGUGGCUGCCAGACGGGGCUGUGUAAGAAUGGUGCAACUUGUGUGGAUGUUACUGGUCAGACCAGGCUGUAUGAAUGCCGCUGUGUUCCAGGCUACACGGGUACCCACUGUGAGAAUGAAGUGAAGGAGUGCGAUUCCCAGCCGUGUAAAAAUGGCGGCCAGUGUACGGACCAGAUCAACAGCUUUGUCUGUAACUGCACAGGGACAGGAUACACUGGUGUUGACUGUACUGAUGACAUGGACGAGUGUUCCGCCUCUCCGUGUCAAAAUGGCGCCACCUGUCAGAACAACCAGGGGACAUACUCCUGCAUAUGUUCACCAGGUUAUGAUGGCAAUAAUUGUGAGAGGGAAGUCGACGAGUGUGCCUCAUCCCCCUGUCUAAACGGUGCCACAUGUAAUGACGGCCUUAACACGUACACAUGCACAUGUGCGGCGGGGUUCAGUGGAGAGAACUGCCAGACAAAUCUUGAUGACUGCGUGGGUGUUGUGUGUCCCGGAGAUAACGUGAUAUGUGUAGAUUAUGUACUGAACUACAAGUGUGAAUGCGCCCCGGGGUUCACGGGAGACCAAAGCAAUUGUGUAGACAUUAAUGAAUGUGCCAGUAACCCAUGCCGUAACAACGCAACAUGCGCCAAUCUCUUGAACGCGUACAACUGCAGCUGUGUGACAGGGUUUUCUGGUGUCAAUUGUGAGGUGAAUAUUGAUGAGUGUGCUGGCCAGCCAUGCAGUAACGGAGCCACAUGUGUUGAUGGCAUCAACAGGUACACCUGUUCAUGUGCGGCAGGCUACACUGGCGCCACCUGUGCCACCAACAUAGACGAGUGCGCUAGCAGUCCUUGCAGGAACGGUGCCACAUGCAUGGACCAGGUGAAUGGCUACACCUGUAGCUGUGUUGCUGGCUGGACGGGGGUCAACUGUGAGGUUGACGUCGAUGAGUGCCAAUCGGACCCCUGCCAAAAUGGCGCCACCUGUCAGAAUAGAUUGAACAUGUACGACUGUGUCUGUAGACCCGGUUUCACUGGGGUUCACUGCGAGACCAACAUAGAUGACUGCGCCUCAGGACCCUGUCAGAAUGGCGCGCCGUGUGUGGACCAGGUCAACGACUACAUGUGUAACUGUACCUCAGGGUGGAUGGGAAAAAACUGCUCACAACCUUACGACGCAUGCUCCUUCUCUCCAUGCCAGAAUGGGGCCACAUGCACCAGUAUAAUUCCGAAUCCUGAAUACACGUGUGCGUGUGUGUUGGGAUUCACUGGUGCAGACUGCGAGACGGACAUUGAUGAUUGUGUCAACCACACCUGUAUUAAUGGCGAGGUGUGCCUUGAUAUGGUCAACUCCUACAAAUGUCAAUGUCCAAUAGGUUUUGCUGGUGAUAACUGUUCUGUGAACAUCGAUGACUGCGCCGACAGCCCCUGUCAAAAUGGUGCCAGGUGUGUCGACGGUAUCGCCAGUUAUACAUGUAACUGCACGCAAAACUAUUUCAACCUCACCCAGUAUACGGGGAAUCCUGACAUGUUUUAUAUCAGUGGAUGGAACGGCACCAACUGUGAAAGAGACAUAGACGAAUGCCAGUACCAGCCGGGGAUAUGCCUGAACAAUGGCAUUUGUCGUAAUAAGAACGGCAGCUUUGACUGCUAUUGUGCACCGUCACAAGAAAAAGGGGCGUAUUAUUCAGGUUUUGCUGGUGAUAACUGUUCUGUGAACAUCGAUGACUGCGCCGACAGCCCCUGUCAAAAUGGUGCCAGGUGUGUCGACGGUAUUGCCAGUUAUACAUGUAACUGCACGCAAAACUAUUUCAACCUCACCCAGUAUACGGGGAAUCCUGACAUGUUUUAUAUCAGUGGAUGGAAUGGCACCAACUGUGAAAGAGACAUAGACGAAUGCCAGUACCAGCCGGGGAUAUGCCUGAACAAUGGCAUUUGUCGUAAUAAGAACGGCAGCUUUGACUGCUAUUGUGCACCGUCACAAGAAAAAGGGGCGUAUUAUUCAGGUAAAAACUGUGAGCAGGUGACGGAUUAUUGCACUAGUGGCAAUCUGGCAAGAGACGACCCCCCAGUGUGUAAGAACGAUGGCGUCUGCAUCCCCCUUGCGGCAGAGGCUGGAAAUUAUUUGUGUAAUUGCUCUGCAGGAUGGACAGGCCGAAGAUGCAGAAUCGACAUAGAUGAAUGUGCAUCUAACCCGUGCCAGAACAACGCAACUUGUGAUGACCAGGUCAAUGGUUACGUGUGCGACUGUGCGCCAGGAUUUACGGGCAUUCACUGCGAGACUAAUAUCGAUGAGUGUGCCUCAGAUCCGUGUCUUCAUGGCGGAAGCUGUAUUGAUCUGGUCAACGGUCCGAGUCUUCUAAAUGUUACCAAAAUCUGUUUACAACUUACUUGCGUGGAUAAUAACACAGGCUAUGUCUGUAACUGCACUGGCACUGGCUUCAACGGCACCCACUGCGAGCUGAAUAUAGACGAGUGCGCCGUGUACCAUCCCUGUCAGAACGGAGCCACAUGCACAGACGGGAUAAACGACUACAAUUGUACAUGCUGGGAAGGUUACCAGGGCAAGAACUGUGAGAUCGACAUCAACGAGUGCGAGUCCAACCCGUGUCAAUAUAACAGCACGUGUCUCGAGCGCUCCGACCUCUCCCUGUACCAGCAGGGCUACCUGAACUUCAACAACUUUAACUUCUCCACUGCGGCUGGUUAUGUGUGCGAGUGUGUGCCAGGGUCCACAGGUGUGAAUUGUGAAGUGAACAUUGAUGAAUGUAAUUCCAACCCGUGUGUGCAUGGCACUUGUAACGACAUAUUGAAUGGCUACACGUGUGCAUGUGAGGCAGGCUGGACUGGCACGCACUGUGAGACAGAAAUCAACGAGUGCGACGAGUACCAGCCAUGUAAAAAUGGAGCCACGUGCACAGACAAACUGGCAGACUACACGUGUCAGUGUGCAGGACCUGUACAAGGGACGGAAUAUGGCGGAAAGAACUGCACAGUACAGCUGAUUGGUUGUGCAAAUAACGCCUGUCAAAAUGGCGCCACUUGCCGGCCAUAUUUGGUGAAUGAAACUCCUGCUGUGCAUAACUACACUUGCUCAUGUCCGUCAGGGUUCACUGGGUUCUAUUGUGAAGUUCCCACGUCAGCCUCUUUCAAUGGUACCUCCUACAUGGUGUUAAAUUCGACACAAAACUGGUCGAAUUUCACCCUGGUGCUGUGGCUGCGUACCACGCUGCUCAGCGGCGUCCUGAUGUACCACCAGUUACCAUCUGGCGACAGCAUGCUCCUGACGCUAGCAGGACACAACUUACAGUUCACCUUUAACCAGGUCACAGGCAAUCCUGUCAGCUUUGCAUCGGAGAAUCAACGAUUAAAAGAUGGAGAGUGGCACCAGAUCGAACUUGCCGUGAAUUCAGCGGGGAGCACAAAGCUUCAUAUCUAUGGAAAUCAUUGUCCAGGUGGCGUGUGUACUUAUCAAGACAAUAUCAAUGUAAGUUCCCCCCUCACCUUCGGCACGACCUACAUUGGUAGUAAAGUGAUGGCAGGGGCAAUUGACCAAUCAGAAGUCACAUUCAUUGGUUGCACCAGAGAUAUUGUGUUGAACGGGCAGUUGGUUGUUCCUCAAGAUGUGCCGAAUUCUUUGGUGGGAGUUUACCCAGGAUGCAACAGGGAGGUCCAGUGUGUUCCCGACCCGUGUAGCGGCAAGGGUGUAUGUGCUGACCUCUGGUGGCAGUAUAAAUGUCGCUGCCUGAGGAAGUAUACUGGACCCCAGUGUAACCAGACCUUCCCAGCUGCCACCUUCAGUCAAGGUUCAUCGUCAAGUCUGGCACAAUUCACAAUUCCAGCUAGAGACAAAAAUCUCCUUCAGUAUGUCAAUGUCAUCAGCAUGUUUAUACGCACACGCCAACCUGACGGCUUUAUCUUCUACCUGGGUGGCGUCAAUACCAAUAACCCAGGUGACAAAGCCUUCGUAUCUGCUGAGUUGAAAGGCACAAGUCUGCAUGUUAUUCUCAAUCUGUACAACACUAUGGAUGGAUCAUAUAAAAAAUAUGAAGACAACCUGGGCAGCAAUUUGAAUGACGGUUCACAACAUUUGAUCGAAGUUGAUAAAAACCGUGACAAAUUAGAAAUCCGAAUCGAUUCGGUCAGGUUAUCAGGAAAGACCAUGACAGCCACCCUGCUGAAUCCAGCAAACAUGUACGUUGGUGGGUUGCCUGGUUUGGGCUCCUCCUCCAAUGGGCGUCGCAGGCGACAAACGCUUGUUGAGUAUAACCCUGACUCUGCUACCGUCCAGGAACCUUUCAAGGGUACAAUCCAGGACGCUCGGCUCAAUGACAAACUGCUGCUGUUUUACAACGUUUCUGUUCCCGAAAGUUUCCAAUUAAACGAGUCGUACCCGGUGACCCUGGAUGGUGUGGUGGAAGGGGAGCAGACGGACGAUCUCUGCGCCACUGGAAAUCUUUGUGAAAAUAACGGCACAUGUAAUAAUGUGUUCUUUAACGAUUUUAUCUGUGACUGCCCCAAGGGUUACAAGGGUAAGAACUGCAGUGCCUUGGAUUUCUGCAUGUAUUCCAAGUGCCCAGAGGACUCCACCUGCAGGGACCUGGCUGAUGGUUAUGAAUGUAUAACAGAGGCCACAUUCAAUGGAAUGGACAGUCUCCUCCGCUACAACAACACCAUCAACUCGACCACCACCUUCAACCACAUGAGCCUCAAAUUCCGCACAAGAAAAGAGAAUGCUAUCAUCUUCCAUGCUCGUAGCAAUGCAGCCGCGUCAAGGUUCCUCACCAUCGAAGUCUCCGAACGUAAGCUGAAACUGAAGUACAACCUCGGUGAAAGAUCUGAGCUGCCGACAGACUGGGCGGUCACUGAUGGUCAGUACCACAACGUGUCCAUAGUGGUCAAUGACACCCACCUGACUCUCUCUAUAGACCAGGGUCAGUACGAGAAGUCCAAGCCCCAGCCCGUCCAAGCGGUCACUCUGGCUCAGGUGAUCAGAGGCAGUGACAUGGUAUUCCUGGGUGGCAUUGACGACACCACUGUCGCCAUAUCACCAAAUACAAACACACAGUCUGCUUUGAGCAAAUUCAAAGGGUGCAUGGAUGAGGUCCGACUUGGGCGCUACCUGCUCCCGUUUUUCUUCAACUCCGCACUGGUUAAUGACAGCAGCUUGGAGAAGUUCCAGGUAAUGACCAAGGCCAGCAUAGUGACCCCCUGUACCCCGGACCCCGUCUGUGCUCCUAGCCCGUGUAAGAACGGAGCCACCUGUGUGGACAUCUUCAAUGACUUCACCUGUCAGUGUCCCCUGGGUUUCAAUGGAAGUCUCUGUGAGAACAACAUCGAUGACUGCCCAGGUAACGAGUGCCAGAAUGGAGCUACCUGUGUGGACGGCAUUGCUAACUACACCUGUACCUGUCAGGCCGGGUACACUGAUGCCAGGUGUCAGACAGAUAUUGACGAGUGUGCCUCUAGUCCGUGCCAGAAUAACGCCACUUGUAUUGAUAAAGUGAACGCUUUUGAGUGCAACUGUACUGCUAAUUUCACUGGACCAGUAUGUGAAACACAUAUCAGUGACACCUGUGCUUCUGAGCCGUGUGAAAACAAUGCAACGUGUGUGGAUAUAAACCGCAAUGAGACAGAGCCGGGACAGCCUCUAUUUAAGUGCAACUGUGUUCGGCCUUUUGAGGGACAACUGUGUGAGAAGAUGAUCAACUACUGCGAGGACGCACCCUGUCAAAAUGGAGGGUCCUGUAUAAACGAUUACACGCUAUUUACCUACCAGUGUAACUGCUCUAAAGGCUACUCAGGUAGGAACUGUACAGUGAACAGGGACGACUGUCCAGCUAACGCCUGCAGUGGACAUGGUCAGUGUGUGGAUGGACUAGACACAUACACUUGUAAUUGUAAUCCAGGCUGGGCGGAGUGGAACUGCUCUAGAGACAUAGACGAGUGUACGGAGAUAAACCCCUGUGUCCACGGCACCUGUGAAAAUGCUCCAGCAGGAAGUUAUACUUGUAGCUGUGACAAAGGAUAUCAGGGUAAAAACUGCUCUGAAGAUGUCAAUGAAUGUGAAACGGAACGGCCUUGUAAAAAUGGCGCCAUUUGCUACAACCUGGUCGGCAGCUAUUUCUGCAACUGUUCCACCUUGCUGGGGUAUUCUGGGAAGGAUUGUGAGAUUGCAAACUGCUCUUUCAGCCAGUGCCAAAAUGGCGCUACGUGUGAAGUGUUCGAUAACUCGACCACUCAGGCCCAGCAGUGGCUAUGUGUUUGUCCUGAGUUUUACGCUGGUUCACAGUGUGAUGUAAAGCAUCCCUGUGCAGACAACCCUUGUCAGAACGCAGCCACAUGUAGUGAUGAUGACCCAGCAAGAUACCAGUGUAUUUGUGGUCCAGGUUGGGAAGGCGAUACUUGUGCAGACGACAUAGAUGAGUGUGCCAUUGGGCGCUGCCAAAACAACGCCUCCUGCACAAAUUCGCAGGGUGGCUACGCGUGCGCAUGCAUUCUAGGCUUUACUGGCACAAACUGUGAGACUAACAUUGACGACUGUGCUGGCGACCCCUGUGUGCAUGGCAACUGUAGCGAUCUUGUUAACGAGUAUUCCUGUCAGUGUGAGGAGGGUUGGCAGGGUGUCAACUGCAGUGAAGACAUAAAUGAAUGUCUGAAGACACCUUGUCUAAAUGGUGCGACCUGCAACAACUUGCUUGGCUCCUAUAACUGCACCUGCACUGCUCAGUUCCUGGGUCCUAACUGUGAGUACGAGGACCCGUGUAAGCCAGGCGUGUGUUCUAAUGGUGGGUCGUGUCUGGCCUACAGAGAACAGGAGGGCAUGUACAGCGCCGAAUGCACCUGUCUUGACGGUUACGCUGGAGUCAGGUGUGAGACCAUGAGAUCGACCCAGGAUACCCCCCUGGCUGUCAUCAUUGGCCCUGUGGUGGGGGGUGUGGUCCUGUUGAUUGUCAUUGCUGUAAUAAUCUUCUUGGUGAUGGCCCGCAGCAAGAGAGCCACGCGAGGCACAUACAGCCCCAGUCGCCAGGAAAUGCAAGGAUCUCGUGUUGAACUUGGCAAUGUGCUGAAACCCCCUCCAGAGGAAAGGUUGAUUUAAACUUUCUCCAGCUGUGUGAUAAAGGUUAAUAUACCACAAAAAAAAGCAGUGUGUGGUAUGAAGAGAUAGAUUUUUCCCGAAAAUGACAUCUAUUUAAGGGAAAACCAGAAACAUUUUGAAAAAAAUGGACAAUGGUUAAAGUGCCUUUACCAAGCACGAUAAAUACAGCUGUCUGAAGCAGUGAAAUUGUAUUAAGAAAAUAAUUUCCCCAAAGGUUUUUUUACUGUAAUGAGAACCUACAGAAAGCCAAAAUCAUAAAAUAUCUUCACAUCAAGUUUGCAUGUUAGGCCUAUCAUGUUUCUUAUACAGGGAAAUAUAGUCUUGGUAUCUUUGGGGACAAAAUAAAUAAGAAUAAGGCAUUUUAAUAAGAAAAUAUAGGUAAUGAUAGAUUGUGGCUGAUAUGAUAUAUUAUAGCCAAGAAAGUGAGAAACUGUUUUUAUUAAAGAAAUGUGAUAAAAUGCCUUGGAAUAUCAACAUUAAAUAACUUAGUGACAUCAAAUGUGACAAGUCAUAUCAAAAUGUCCAAACAGAUCUCAGAUAACAUGGAAGGUUGUGAUGCUAUGCCUGGUUUUCCCUCCAACCUGUCACCCCUAAGAUAUUCAGUGGGUUGCUCCAUCCAUGUUAUUGAAUGCACAAGAUGUGUCCAUUAAAACAGAAAUCAGGGGUGUAAGACGUCUCAAAUGGAAUAUUUAUUUUUUCAAGUUUUUGUAUUGGGGUAAGAUAUCCAUUGCCUUGAAUGAGAAAAUAAUGAUUUAUUUUUAUUCUCAGUGAAAUGCAAGUAGAAUAGAUUUGGGAACAGAGUUCACUUAAGGGUUGUUAGUUAGAGUGACUGGAAUUGAGAGUAUUGCCAUUCACACAGAGAACUUGCACCAAAAAUUGAGUGGCACACAUGGUGACACGUCCACCAGAAUGGCUUGGCUUACAUGGUGACACAUCCACCAGAAUGGCUUGGCUUACAUGGUGACACAUCCACCAGAAUGGCUUGGCUUACAUGGUGACAUGUCCACCAGAAUGGCUUGGCUUACAUGGUGACACAUCCACCAGAAUGGCUUGGCUUACAUGGUGACAUGUCCACCAGAAUGGCUUGGCUUACGUGGUGAAGUGACCACAGAAAACAUUGUUUCCAUUGAAUUUUAAUCUUAUUUACGAAGCAAGUUUGCCACUACUGCUGUUCAUAGAGGCUUUUUAAAGGUUAUGGUCCAAAUUAUUUAGUGCCUAAAGUGACAUAUUUGUCUUUUUUUAUAAAAGAAGGAAAUUAGGGUCUUACGUUCAGGGAUGUAUUCAAAACAGUGUCUUUUUUCAUGUACUUUAAAGAUGGUGUGUGAAUUUACCUAUCAAACUAAUCUAUCUGGAAGAUUUAAAAGAAUAUCAGAAAUUAGCAUAAUUUGUAGUUAAUUUUCAAGGUAUUGUUUUAUUAGCAGUAUACAUUUUAUGUGUUUAUGUAAGAAAAUCAUCCACAUUAUGCUAAUAUGCAAGGUCUUCACUUGUAUUUAAGAUUUUGCAAUAUCAUUGUAGGCAUUUAGUCUCUCACAUGUUUCUGAUAUUAGGAGAAAACAGUGUUUUAUGAAAGUAAUUCAGUUUUGGGUUGCGGAGGAAGUGCUGUGAUUUUUCAGUCCUCCAAACGAAGAUAUUGUUAAAUUGUGUAAUAAGUAAAAGAGAUCUUGAGCGAAAGUUAAGGAUGAAGAGGACCAAUAGAUAGGAUAUUUUGUAUGUAAGUCUUUGCAUUUAAUUCUGUCCAGUUUUAUUUGCAUGAUCAGUUAGCAAAUCUGCUUAAUUAAAGAAGCAUUAUGAAGGAAAGGAACUUAUAAGAAAAGAUAGGUUCUAUUCCCAGAAAAAAAAACAGUUCAUUUACAUGAAGUGUAUCUUUUAUCUUUUAACCAUUGUACAAAUGUAAACUGAUGUAGAUAGACAUAUAGAAAUGUAUUUAUCAAAAUCACAUCUAUAUUUAUUAUUAUACACAUGUUAGAUAUUUAACUGUAUUUCUAUACUGUUCCCAGUAAUUGUAUAUCAUUAACUACUAAAAAAAAGUUCACAACUAUACAGACCCCAGAGCUCAGCAGGCAAAUGUGAGGAAAUUCUAUAAACCACCUUAAUUUUAAGAUAAAAUGUUCUUGGGAUGACCAUUUAUUUUUCUAAUGGGAAUGUAUUCGGUGGAACUGGCGAUUACAAGUCAGAAAUGAACAACCAGUAGUAGUUCAUUAUCGAGAUCCAAUUCUAGUCAAAAUCCUUGCUGGAUGAUUCGCCACUGAAAACAUUUAACACAAGUACAUUAAAAAUGCUGUUUCUAGUUUACAUGUUGCCCAGAAAAUUCCUGCCAAUAUAUGUAUGCAACAUUUGUAUUCUAGUGAUGGAAGUACUACUUUACACUUGCAAUAAUUGUCCAUUUUCUCAUAGGGUAUUGUACAAGGACCAGUUUGUUCAAAUCUUAGUGAAUUGUAUAAAAUGUUACCGAUAUUUUCACAAGAAGAUGCAUUGACAGCAUUGUGAUCAAUUGAUUACUGAUAGCUAUUUUGAUAUAUUGUUAUCUGUGAGUAAAGCACAGAGAUAAUAUAUAGCCAUUUUUCUGAUAAAUUUCAUAUGACAUUUCAAAGCAUGUGCUUCUUAACUCUCCAGUUUGUUGUGUCCACCUUUAAGUACUUUGUAUGUAGAGUAACCCAUCAACUGCUGGGUUAAAUCCUGGGAGCACACACUUUACAUAAAGAGCUUCAGUAGUCUGUAGCCUUGCAUAGUACUAGUAAAGUACAGAAGAGAUGUAAUUUUAUAACUUGGGGCCUUUCCACAUCAAGCGGUACAUUAACUGGACCAGCCCGCUUUUACAGGUCCUUUCAUGUAAUUAUAUCACAGGGUUUCUACUCCCGCUCACAACUUCUCCAUAAGUUUGCCUUCUGCUGUUGUUUUAAGUGAAUUGGCGUGGCAAGGGUGGGACAUGUUUAGGGUACUCUCUAGGACUCCCUUCACAUGAAAAAUCUAUUUUCCAUUCGCGGUAUCUUGUGUUCACUCCGAGCGCAGCCGAGAGUUAAUUA